GUCCACAUAUUCCGGUUUUACGAAUAGAGGGAGACUCUGAACGACUCUCAUUCUGAACUUUCGAUUCCGCGGUUUCUCUUUCUCUCUCUAGAAAAAAAUAAGAACUUCAACGCGGAAAUCGAAAGCUUCAGACAUCAAAUUCUUGAAUUUCGCCACAAAUCCAGGGAAUUGAAUUCCAAAAGUUUGAUUCAUUCCUUAUAGAUAUUGAUAUUUUCCUUCUUCAUUUUCUGAUCUGUAAAUUUUCUCGAGAAUUUGAUUUGAAUGGGCACUCCGGCAUUACCAAAUCUCGGAAAGCAUUGCAGUGUGGAGGACUGUCAACAGAUAGAUUUCUUGCCCUUCACCUGCGAUUGCUGCCACCAGGUCUUCUGUUUAGAGCACCGGAGCUACAAUAAACACCAGUGUCCAAAGGGCAAUAAGCAUGACGUAACUGUUGUCGUCUGUCCACUAUGUGCAAAAGGAGUUCGCCUAAUUCACAACCAAGAUCCAAACAUCACGUGGGAAUUACAUGUUAAUACUGAUUGUGACCCAUCAAAUUACGAGAAAGCCACAAAGAAAAGAAAAUGUCCAGUCCCUGGUUGCAGAGAGAUCCUGACAUUCUCGAAUACAAUCAAGUGCCGCGACUGUACUGUAGAACAUUGUUUGAAGCACCGGUUUGGACCUGAUCACAAAUGUCCUGGACCCAAGAAACCAGACACAGGUUUCCACUUUACAAGUUUCUUAAAUAGGAGUAAAAAAGAAGUGUCAAGGCCAAACCAAGCUCCAGUCACCACUUCACCCAAGUGGACUACGAGUUUCCUCAAUGCGGCUUCAUCUUUUCGAGCUACAGCUGAAGCUGGAAUGUCAAAAUUGAGUAAUGAAUUUAGCCAAGCCUUGACUAUGUCAAAGGAUGGAGCCGGGCAGAGCAGCAGCAGUGGGAGUGCAAGUGGGCAAGUUGAACAGUGUCCACAAUGCAAUGCAAAGUUCUCUUCAGUUACAACUCUGGUGGAUCAUGUGGAGAAAGUUCAUGAAAGGACUGGUGUUAUGAAGGUGACGCUUGAUGUUUGCCCCAAGUGUAGUAAAGGUUUUCGUGAUGCUGUGGCUCUUGUGGAGCACAUUGAGAGGGACCAUGCUGGCACUUCAAAGAGAUGAAUAUUACUCGCGGAGAAGUUCUAUUUAGGUUUCUCAUUGCUUCCAUUGUUUCAAGGCUUGUGUAAGUGCCAAAUGCCAAUAGUUUCCAAUAAUCAAAUAUCACAUGUAUUUUUUAAAAUUUAUAAAAGUUGAAGUUCCAUACAAAA